AUAGAGCCAAACUGUAUUCGUUUGUCAUCAACAAUGCAUCCAACACCAGCCGCAGACUGUGCGAGGAGGGAUUGAUUUCGAACUUAGCUGGCAGACCUCACUAGAAUGACUGUCUUCUCCAAGUUCGGUUGCCUUGGUAACCCCACUCAAAUGCUACAUGAGCUUGGUCGGGCAGUGGAGCGUGCGCGGCAUUGGAAGUCCACUUUCAAGCGGCAAUUCUUCCUCGCGGCAGUUUCGCUGGGGAAGUGUGAGCCCGGCAGCCAGCUGGUGGUCUACAAGGAUGGCGUGGAGUACAUCGGCACCCUGCCCGCAACAGCAAAGCCGUUCCUGCUCUUCGGCACGACGUUUGUCCCCAGCAGGCCGCGGGGGGCGCCGGCGCCCGAGAACCCCCCCGUGCCAGUGACCUUGAUGGAGCUCACGGGGUCCAAGUCAAAGCCCGAGCGGGCAUGCGACUACGUGCGGGAGGGCGGCGCCCUGCUGGUGCAGGAAAUCAUGGCGGGGCAAGAGGGGUGGCUGCAGGCAGACCUGAGCGGCAAGGCAAGAAUGCUGCUGGAGAUUGCCGCACUGGAGGGCGCUCCCACACCGGGCACCCUCGCAGCAAACAACCCCACGUACAACUACGCGGUCCGCGCUUUUGAGGAUGCCGCACAGGAGCUGACCAACAAGGCCGUGGCGCAGCAGCUGGCAGAGGAGCGGGCACAGGCACAGCAGCUGGCAGAGGCGCAGGCGCAGGUGCAGCAGCUGGCAGAGGCGCGGGCGCAGGCGCAGCAGCUGGCAGAGGUGCAGGCGCAGGUGCAGCAGCUGGCAGAGGCGCAGGCGCAGGCGCAGCAGCUGGCAGAGGCGCAGGCGCAGGCGCCGGUGGUACAGGGGUGGUCACCCAAAGACCAACAGCCUGGCGGCUCGGCUGGGCCCGCGGAGUACGUGCCGGCUACAGAGCUCACUGAGGCGGGCAGUGAUGCCGGCACCGACACGACACAGGACACAAAGCAGCUCGGCGCCGCCAGUACCCGCACCAGCGAGCCGCCUGCACGUCGCGUACCUGCUUCUUUGACCCAGCAGCGUAUGGCUGGGGAGGUCAGCAACAGUGGCGCAAGUGGUGACACAUGUGGGCGCACGGUAGCAGUCAGCGGCAUAGAUGGCAGCUCGAGUGGGCACGCAGGGGCCAGCAGCGGCGCAGCCAGUGGUUCGCUGCCGGGCCAGGAGCCGAUUGGCGCGCGCCCUGCCAAGAAGAAGAGGCGGCCGCCCAGCCUGGAGCAGCCGCCCAGCCCAGAAAGGUCCGAGGAUGCGGCGCCGCCUGCUGCCCGUGACGAGGCCACCACCGAGAUUUACCGUUGCGAGGUCAAGGAGGUGCCACCUGCGCUGCUGUGCGGCCUGGGCCUUGCCGCCGUGCGUCUGCCGGCAACGCUUACAAGGCUGAUCAACCCUCGCCUGAUCGCGGAGCUGGCGUCGCUGGCGGACAAACACGGAGAGCAGAUCUUCCAGCGCAUCUCAGCACUGCAGGGCGUGCAGGCGGAGAUCCGGAUGAGCGUGGGGACGGGCCAGCGGGUUCAGGUGCUGUGGAAGGACCUCGCGGGCAGCGCUGGGCUCCUGGCGCUCUGCGACAAACUGCGACCGUUGCUGGAGGAGGUCGUGACAGCGGCAGACCCGAAGGGUGAGCUGGGGCUGCACCUGGAGGACGCCGUGCUGCUGGCGAACCUGCCCGGCACUCGUCCGGUUGCCGAGCAGGUGCCCCACUACGACAUGGCGCCAGGGGAGCCCGGGUGGUUCAUCAUGCUCGCCCUCCAGCCGGCAAGCCUGCUGGUGGCGCAGGCCAGCCAGCACGAGGUCCUGCUGUGGGGCCGCGCGUACACCGCAGCACAGGAGGCGGGCCGGACUGCAGCUGUGCUGAAGGACCUCUGCGCCAGCACCCCCCACCGGCGGCUGGUGCGCCUGCAGCUGCCGGUGGGCGAGUUGCUGUUCGUGCACUCCAACCUCGUGCAUGCAGGCGACGCCGGGCGACUGGACGGCGGCUGCACUGGUUCGUAAAGAGUGCGAAAACAACGAACAACACCCACCUGCCGCGCCAGAUCCACGUGGAGCUCGAGAAGCGCUUUGUGUGAUGGCUCAGACACACUCAGGGUGAAGGGGCGGGGCGGGGCGGGGCGGGGCGGGGCGGGGCGGGGCGGGGCGGGGCGGGGCGGAGGCGGGGGCCGGGUGGCGGGGCGGCCACAUUGGGAAGGUGAAUAUGCUUGUCAAUUGGGUUGUGUGGGAAAUAGAACGGUUCAUCGGUGUGGCCGCAUGUGGGGCAAGACAAACCAAGUUGACACGCGCUGUCACUCGUCUGAGUUCUGUCUGUGUUGCACCUAGCGGGCGGGGCGGGGGCCGGGGCGGAGCGGGGCCGGGUGGCGGGGCGGCCACAUUGGGAAGGUGAAUAUGCUUGUCAAUUGGGUUGUGUGGGAAAUAGAACGGUUCAUCGGUGUGGUGGCAAGACAAACCAAGUUGACACGCGCUGUCACUCGUCUGGGUUCUGUCUGUGUUGCACCCUAGCAUUCUUACGGCUUCGUCGUCAGGGUAAAAGCUUGUCCCCUUGACAUAUGAACAGUUUGUGUGGCGAGGUUGUCAUGACCAGGGACUGGAGCGAGAUCGGAGAUGGGCCAGGGCGGGCCCCCUGACACCUCAGCACUGUUUAGUCCAGAAGUUCCCGGUUCUAAUUAAGCCUACUUUUUGGUGGUAGUUGCGACAUCAUUAUCUGACACCGUGCGGAAGUGAAGGUGGGGGUGGGUGGGGGCAGCAGUUGUUUGUUUGCUGCAAUCACACGUCCAUGGACGCAACUCUAAACUGCUGGUUCUACGGACUGAAACUGUGUGAGAAUCAAGAAGCCACUAGCAAAGCUUAAAGUUACAGGAAUUACU